AUGGACUCUCUGCCACCAACUCUUCGGUGGAACUGCUUCGAGAGCGGCGUUCUCAAGCUCCCGCCAGCUCUCUUGCAGAAAGCCUGGAAGAGGGAAGCUUCUCUCGCGGUGGAGGAGAAAGCGAGAAUCCUCGCAAAGAAAGCUGAGAGACAGCUCGUCUCUCAAGCCAAGCGGUCUGUCUCUGAGAAGUUCAAAGAGGCGAUGCGGCUCAAGCUGAAGGACAUCUCUCGCCAGCAAGCUCUCGCUCUCCACGUCCCUGAAGCAGGGAAGGCGAAAGCCAAAGCGAAGCCUGCCUCUGGGAAGGCCGGCUCUCUGACGAAGGCUCUGAAGAAGGGACUCAAGAAGAGCUCUCUAAAGACAGCUGCCGCUCUGUUGGCGGGCUCUCAGAAGAAGGUCCAGGAGCUGAUCUCUGCACCAGAGCCUCCGAAGACUCUGCAAGGCCCUCUCUUCGGCAAGCAGGUCCGCAUCGUGGCGGAGCUCUCGCCCUCUCACCUUGUGGGCCAGGAGGGCAAGGUCUCUUCGCACCUCUCUCAGAAGCUGACUCUGCCGAGCUUUGGUCUGGCCUGUGCAACUCUGAACCUCUCGGAGAAGGAUGUGAUGCCUCUCUCCGAGAGCUGGACAAAGUCUCUGGAGUGGCAGCCUCUGCGGCUCUCCAGACUCUUCAAGAAGGAGGUGCUCUUGAACUGUGGUCUCUGGUGCGAAGACGACUCUUUCGUGCCGGAGCCCGUGGAGGUUACUCUUGCCAAGAAGCCGAAGAUGCUCUUGGACCAGCAAAUGAAUGCUGCCUGGGCUCUCGUCCGAGAGAGCCUCUCGGACGUGUUCUUCGUGGACGCCUUCCUCUCCAGCUUUCUCUUGCAACACGAGAAAAAGGAGUACCUGAUCGCUCACCUACAGACGCAAUGGCAGGAGCACAACCUCCUCUUCAUUCCGAUCUACACACGGAAGCCAGACCACUGGACGCUGCUCGUCCUCCAGAAGGGCUCUGAGGGCGAACCGCCCAAAGCUCUCCUCGCCGACUCUCUGAAGAAAGACAAAGCUCCGACAGCAUGUGCAAAUGAGCUGAAGGGUCUCUCAGCCGACGUGGACAAGUCGCCUCUCACCGACUACCCGACGGUGACCCAGACCUCUGACGACUGCGGCUUCUUCUGUCUCGCCGUGAUGGUGGAGUACCUCUCCCUCCGCCGUGGCGAAGGGCCCAAGCAGAGGGGCUCUCAGCACUCUCUAGUGGCGGAUCUGAAGACCAAACUGUCGACCUUCACCUCUCAGCUGAAGGCCGAAGUCAAAAAGCUCUCGGACGAGAAGGAGGAAUAUCUCAUGGACCAGGCCGUUCAACUCAAGAAGGCCUCUGACAAGGCGAAACUCUUGGCGAAAAAGGCCGAGGCGGAAAAGGGCGAACUCUCGGCUUUGCAGAAGGCUGCUCUCAAGGUCCUGAAGGAAGGUGCUCCACCGGAUGUCUCUGAUUUGGGCAAAGAAGCCCUCGUGGACAUCGAGCGGAUCAAGACUCUCGGAGAUCCAGGGGUGUGCUCUCGCUGUCACUGGCAGAGCGGCUGUGCCUCUUGCGAUGUCUUUAAGUGCACUCGCUUCCACGUGCGAGAGCUCUUGCAGAAGGCUGCUCUCAAGGUCCUGAAGGAAGGUGCUCCACCGGAUGUCUCUGAUUUGGGCAAAGAAGCCCUCGUGGACAUCGAGCGGAUCAAGACUCUCGGAGAUCCAGGGGUGUGCUCUCGCUGUCACUGGCAGAGCGGCUGUGCCUCUUGCGAUGUCUUUAAGUGCACUCGCUUCCACGUGCGAGAGCUCUGCCGCACUCUGGGCAAGAAG